AGUAUCGAACAAAUGCCGCAUCGCCGCAGAAUGAUCUUAAUGUGCCAGAACAACACAAUCCCCAUGAUCAAUCAUCAAACCUCUCAUUUGGUGUUCUUGCUCCUCUGUGUUGAGACAAGAGGAUGGUCGUUGGUAUUGUGGGGAUAAGAUGAGAUUGAAAGAUUCUUUCCUGGGAAGAGCGUGCCAAGGAAAGAUUCCCAUUUGAACCUAACCUGACCUUAUGUGCCCACCAUCAUCUUACAUCUGAAUCAUCGGGUCCACCUCCUCCUUGGAGAACUCUGUCGUGCAUCCAAGUGUCGAAUUUUCGUGAUCUUCCUCCUCACUUCGUUGACCAAACCAUUUUCUGAGAAAAAUGACCUGCAACACACCGUUGAGGCCUGCCAAAACCAAUCCUGCUCCUUGCGUAAGCAGAAAUGCAAUAAAGCCAAAUGUUUACUUUUGCCAUGAUUAUGUUAAUCAUGUAGUUUUGUGCUUUCUGACCGCUUUAUUAAUCAAAACAAAAGUACUAUAAAAGAGCCAAAGCUUUGACUUUUUGAUCUGCAUAUUGUAUUCUUAUAAUCUUUUUCAAGAUUCUAAUGCUGUAGGUGGCUUCCAUGACACAGAGACAAAGGGUAAUGAUCAGCAUGUCAACAGGUCAAACGACUGACUCUGAUCUGGUCUGCUGAUUGAAUAUGGAGAGCGAUGUCAGCUCAGGCAUCUCACGAAAAAGAACAAUUUCAGCCCCCACCAAAUGACAAGAGCAUAGGAACGAGCGACCCACUCCCCCCCUAAAGUCAGAAGCUGCCCUGUCUCUCUCUGUCUAUAAAUCACCCUCCUCUCUCUUCUCUGGGUCAUGCAAUUAGCAGAGGAUUGAGAGUAUCCUCUAAUUUUGGCCAUGGAAAUUCAAUUCCAAAGGCAUGGCAAUUGUCAUCAGCAGCAGCCGCCCCAGCAGAAACCACUCUCACCCAUCAGGAAAACCAAGUUCAAGUCCACACCCGCUAACAACACGGCCAAGAGCAAGUUUGUCGGAGUCAGACAGAGGCCUUCAGGGAAAUGGGUGGCCGAAAUUAAGGACACGACCCAGAAGAUCAGAAUGUGGCUUGGCACCUUCGACACUGCCGAGGAAGCCGCAAGGGCCUACGAUGAGGCCGCCUGUCUCCUCCGUGGUUCCAACACGAGGACAAACUUCUCCCCUCAUUUCCCUACCAGUUCUGCUCUUUCCCUCAAGAUCAGGAACCUCUUAAGUCAGAAAAUCAGUUCACGGCGGGAACUGCCCGUCAUUUCGCCUCCCAAUUCGAAUUCCACCAAGAAACCUGCUUCACAGACCAAGUCAACUACUGGCACUAGCAGCAUGAUCAGCCCCAGCACUGUUACCAAUUUUAACACGAGCAGUGACAGUGAUUGCUCCUUCUCCGGUGGGAUGAUGCAAGAUGCCCGGAUUUUCAACGAUGCUUACAGACCGGAUUUGAGCAGCUGCCUAGCGAGCCUCGGAUCAACACCUAUGUCUCAAUACGACCAUUCAUGGGCAUUCGCCUCCAGCCUGGAGCAGCUCCCAUUAGUCCAAGAGGACGGAUUGCCGAAGCACGGGCCAUAUGCUUCCACGACUGAUUUCGAGCUCUCAGAGUUUGAACGUAUGAAAGUGGAGAGGCAGAUUUCUGCUUCACUUUACGCGAUCAAUGGACUCAAUGAGUACUUGCAGAGCACGUACAGUUCCAACGAAUCUAUGUGGGAUCUUCCCACAUUGAGCCAAUUGUUCUGUCAAAGUUGAAACAGAGACAUCUUUCUUUCAAUCCUGUUCUUUUGCGUUCCAUGGACCUUAUUAUGUGUUAGGUUGAUUCUGUCAAUUACAGCGCAGAAUACAGAAUAGUGAUGAAGAUGUUAUGCUUCAUUUUUAUGCUGAGAACUUUCCAAUUACAGACGCCAUUGGAAAAGAGCUUCUUAUUGCGGCAAAUAAACUAGAUUAUGCCUGAGUAAUAGCCCAUAGCCUUAAAUGUUUCUACCCUUUUCUACUUCGGAUACAUUGGGAGUGUAAGAUCUUCUGAGCAGCUGUGAAGUCAU